AUGGAUCUGGGUAUCAAGAGGAAUAGAAAGAAGAGAGCAGUGUGCAGUCAACCUAGAGCCAAGUGGGGAAACUUGACUAAGGACAAAGCCCAGGAAUCAGGGGAGAGGUUGAUAGCGAUGGGGGCCUGGAGGAGUAGUGGGGAUGCGACUGCGGUGUGGGCCAUGACAGCCUUUCCAUUAGGGAAGCUGCGAGAGAGUUUUUAUGGGUUACAAAGCAAAGGCGGGGACAAGAAGUUGUACAGGUUAGCCGAAGUGAGGGAGAGGAAGGCUCGUGACUUCGAGAAUCAGUUUGGAUUCAUGCCGGGGCGAUCGACUACGGAAGCCAUUCAUCUAGUGCGGAGAUUGGCGUACGAUAAAGUCCCAAAGGAGGUUCCGUGGAGAUGUUUGGAGGUUAGCGGCAUUCCGGUAGCAUACACUAAGGUAAUCAAGGACAUGUAUGAUGGUGCUAAGACUCGGGUGAGGACAAUGGGAGGUGACUCAGAUCACUUCCCAGUAGUGAUGGGGUUGCACCAGGUAUCGGCUCUUAACCCGUUCUUAUUUGCUCUGGUGAUGGAUGUGCUGACACGGCACAUUCAAGGGAAGGUGCCAUGGUGA